AUGGCAGAUUUCGGGAAAAACGCGACUGUUUCAAAAGACUCUACGGUUGUUACUGCGACUGCGUUGGAUACAGACGUUCCCUCGGCCGUAAGCCGUGCAGCCGGUGCUUCGAACGAGGCACCUCCGAUCCUGGAGGACGACAAGUCGGAUGACGGUUUGAAGACGAAUGAUCCUGAGCGAAAUGAAACAGAUGACGAAAGAAAGCUUGUCAACGGCGGGCCUUUGUCUAAAAUGCAGAGUGCUGAACAUAGGCUGACUUUUGAAGGCAACGAUGUCGCCAGAUACGUCGCCUCACCGCCCUUGCGGCCUGCAUCGAUCAAAUGUGACAAGAACCCGAGCCAAUUCCCGAUGUUUCGCGCUGACAAAACUAUGCGCAGUUACUUUUACAAGCCCGUCGAUGUCUCUUUUGCUUCGGUGUUCCUUUGCUUGAUAGCAUAUGUGAUCGGAGUUGCUUGGUCAGUUGUGCUCCCUCGACGGCAGCAUGUUGAGAAGUACCUACCAUCGCAAGCAAAAUGGCUAGGACCAGUCGUUCACUUUAUCAACCCUGGUCACUUUGGCCUGAAGGAACAUGCCGUCGCAUCAAUUCUUUCCACAUCAAGCGGAAAUGGCGCUGCAAUCGUGCAAGUCUUUGGCGCAGAACGGCUGUUUUACAACCGCACCACAGAUCCUGCCACGGCGGUUUUAACAGUUUUCUCGGCAUCGAUCUUCGGGUACGGCCUCGUAGGCAUUCUGCGAUCCAUCAUUGUCCACCGGGCCGAUCGAACGAGUGAAAUGGUCUGGUGGCAAUGCCUCCCCACGAUCUCCAUCUGUCAGACUCUCCACCGCGAGCCCGAAGGCAACAACAAAGACAGGCUCCGAAUGUUCGGCUUCACCUCCAUCGGCAUGUUCAUAUGGGAGCCCAUAGCAUCCUACAUCUGGCCUUGGCUGAAUGGCAUCUCCAUCCCCUGUCUCGCCUCCAUGAAGGCCGCGCCGCCAACUCGGAAGGUCCUGAUGACAAUCUUUGACGGUAUAAACUCCAACGAGGGCCAGGGCAUCUUCAACUUUUCCCUGGACUGGCAGUAUAUCACGUCGCGGUACAUGUCCUUGCCGCUCCUGCAACAAGCCAACUCCUGGGUGGGCAUCGUGCUCUCCUACAUCAUGUGCUUCAGUCUCUACUAUGGCGGGGCAUGGGGCGCAAAAAAGUUCCCGUUCAUGUCGACGGCCAUGUUUGACGGGAAGACUGGCAAGGUCUACAACCAGACGGCCGUGUUUGGGCAAAACGCAAUCCUGGACACCGAGGCGUUGGCAGUACAUGGAUUUCCUCGGAUGACGGCGUCCAACGUCUGGGCAAAUAUGGCGGCGAUGGCUGCUAUAGGAGCGCUGCUCACUCACAUAGCUCUGUUUUACGGACCGCUAAAACUACAAAGACGUGCCUAUCUGGUGCUGUCAUCAAGGGCCACACCACCCUUGAUGCCUGGGCAUACGUUUGCGCUAUUCUGCUCGGAUGCAUUGUUGCACCAUUUUCACUAUGCUUGUAUGGCUUGCUCGGCACCAGCGUCGCCACGAACAACCUUUCUAAGAUGCUGUGGCGUAGUUCAACCCGGAAAACCCGUUGCCAACCUCUACUUCUCGAUGUUUAGUCAUGAGGUUACUGUCCUCUCCGUGUUCUUGUCAACUGACCUCAAGAUGGCUCAAUAUCUCAAGAUUCCGUGGAGGACCAUGUUCAUCCUGCAAACUUGGGGGAGUUUGUUUGGAACAGCCUUGAAUUACGUUAUAAUGGACACAAUUGUGGCGAAUCGUCGAGAGAUUCUUCUUGACCCAAUCGGCACCCAAGUUGUAAGUUGCCUUGAACUGAAAUCCCAGUCAUCAGAUCUAACCCAAGACCAGUGGAGCGGACGCAAGAUCCAGUCUCUGAACACAACUGUAGUCACUUGGUCGCUUGCCAAGUACGUCUAUGGAUUUGGUAAAGAUGGUUACGGGUGGAUCCCUCUCUCUAUCGUCGUUGGGGCUGCUAUUCCCGUUGCCCUGUGGCUCGUAUCCAUGAAGUACAAGACCAUUUAUGGCUGGGAAGUGAGCAAGUUUAUUACCCCUGUCGUAUUCCACAAUGCCUCGGAGACAACAUCCGGAACUACUUCUGUCAUCUGGUCUCAAGUCGUGGUCGGCUUGUGGUCUCAGUGGUAUAUGCGUUUGCGCCAUCCUGCUUGGUUUGGCAAGUACAACUACAUCAUCGGCGGUGGCCUCGAUGCAGGUGCCAAGGUCAUGAUGUUCAUCUUGACAUUUGCCGUUGCCGGCGGUUCAGGCAAAGAGGUGCCUUUUCUUACGUGGUGGGGUAACCCGGAAUCUAGUUCAAAGCAGUAUGCUGAUUACUGCGGUACUGGUUAG